AUGGUCAAGAUAGUCGAGCUCGACGAGAACGACAGCGCCGGGAUCGGCCUCGCCGGGUCGGAGCUGCCGCGGCGACGAAAGAAGAAGGCGCGUCCGAAGCCGCCGCCGGCGGCGGCGGAGGGGGACGGGGAGGGGAAGGACGCGCCGAGGGAGACGCCGACGGAGACGCCCACGGAGUCGGAGAUUGAGGCGCGAGACGGAGACGACGACGCGAAGAAAGAGAAGAAGAAGAAGACGGACGACGACGACGCGAGGCGUCGAAGCGCGAGCGCGCUCGACGCCGCGAGGCAGCAGCGCGCGCGGUCGCAGUCGCGCUCGUCCUCGACCGUCUUGCUCCUCGCGCUGCUCUUCGUCGCGCUGUACGGAUUCCUGAGGUGCGUUCUAUACACUGGUCCCCGUACGACCGCGUCGGCGCGGUGA